AUGGCGGCUAGAAGCACCGAAGUCCUUCGCUUGUACCGAGACCUUCUCCGUGAAGCGGCUCAAUUCCAGAACUACACGUUUCGGACGUAUUCCCAACGCCGGAUCAAGGCCGACUUCCGAGCCAACGCCGGCGUGCAGGGCGGCGACCUCUCCGCGGCGCUGGGUUUCGGCUUUGAGCAGUUGAAUUUGUUGCGACGACAAGUAACCAUCAGCAAAUUGUACCCCGGCGAAAAGUCAGUGAUGGAAAACCUACACUAA